AUAAUCCUCCUGGUACUUCCGGAACUGCCGCUGUGAGCUCUUUCGUUUUUACGCUGCUGUCAUGUUGAUUUCCUUGGAAUUGGAUACAUAAACAGUUUUAUUUUUUAUUUUUUUUUAUUUUAUUGCACGUUGAAUGAUAUAGAAUGACAUUUAUACAUCAGCUCGAUUCACUGAAGGAGCUUGAAUACUUCCUGCUCGACCAUCUCAGCAGUAUUUAGAGAGCUUUUUGAUUUUUACACCUAUAUGCAUACAUAAGAAGAAAGUAAUCAUGCUGAAGGCUGUUAUUCUUAUCGGAGGUCCUCAGAAAGGCACCCGGUUUCGCCCGCUGUCUUUUGAGGUGCCCAAACCUCUGUUUCCAGUGGCUGGAGUGCCAAUGCUACAGCAUCACAUUGAGGCCUGUUCUAAGCUUCCUAAUAUGAAGGAGAUCUUACUUAUUGGCUUUUAUCAGCCCAAUGAAGAACUCAACAGAUUUUUGUCAUGCGCCCAACAAGAUUUCAAAAUCUCAAUAAGAUACCUUCAGGAGUACGCUGCUCUGGGCACUGGAGGAGGAAACUACCACUUCAGAGAUCAGAUCCUGUCUGGUGGUCCAGAGGCAUUUUUUGUCCUGAAUGCUGAUGUGUGCUCAGAGUUUCCUCUGCCAGAGAUGACGGACUUCCAGAAGGAGCACGGAGACGCUUACAGUUUUGUCAUCCUCGGUACCACGGCCAACAGAAAACAGUCCCUGAACUACGGCUGCAUUGUUGAGAAUGAACAAACUGAUGAGGUCUUGCAUUAUGUUGAGAAGCCCAGUACAUUUGUGAGUGACAUAAUCAACUGUGGGAUAUACCUGUUCACUCCGGAGAUAUUCCAGCACAUCGGAGCAGUUUUCCAGAAGAACCAGCUGGACAUGAUGUUAUAUUACGAUGAGGGAGAGGAGCAGUCCAACGGCUGGCAUCGGGCAGAGGUGAUCCGUCUGGAGCAGGACAUCUUCACGGCGCUGGCAGGCCAGGGCAUAUUAUAUGUGUACAAAACAGACCGCUUCUGGAGCCAGAUCAAAUCUGCAGGAUCUGCAAUCUAUGCAAGCCGUUUGUAUCUUAACCAGUAUCACAAGACACAUCCAGAGAGGUUAGCUACUAAUAAAGAAGGAGGGCCAAAGACCAGAGGAAAUGUUUAUAUACAUCCAACUGCCAACAUUGAUCCAACUGCUGUGUUAGGUCCAAAUGUGUCCAUAGGUACAGGUGUAACGAUCGGUGCAGGAGUUCGUGUGAGGGAGUCCAUCAUCCUCCAUGGUGCUACAUUACAGGAUCACAGUUGCGUGUUGAACAGUAUUGUGGGCUGGGGUAGCACCAUUGGCAAAUGGGCCAGAGUGGAAGGAACCCCCAGUGACCCAAAUCCUAAUGACCCAUAUGCCAAAAUUGACAGCGAGACACUCUUCAGAGAUGGAAAACUAACACCCUCUAUUACAAUUCUAGGCUGUAAUGUAAAUAUCCCAUCUGAGGUCAUCAUACUCAACUCCAUUGUCCUGCCACACAAAGACCUCAACAGAAGCUUCAAAAACCAGAUCAUAUUGUAGUUGCAGUUUCAUUUGUACUUAUAGUAUGGCAUUUGCAUACAAAUAAACAUGUAUUUGAAAUGGAAAUGGAUGAAUCAUCUGAAGAUUCUGAGUGUGGUUAUGGAUAAAUAUGGAUUUACCAUUGUACAGUAUUAUCACGUCAAAACUGGAUAAAACAAAUGCAAAAAUACUUCUUCUAAAGAUCUCUUCUCUGUUAAACUGUUUCUAAAAUGACUUGAAAUUCAUUUAAUUUACAACUUGUUGGCUCCUUGUCAGUGAAAUUUGUCCUGUUUCGUUCCAGCAUUUUAAAUGUCAUGUAAAACAAAACAAAAAAUGCUAAGACAAAUGGUAAAAUCUUGUAAUUGGAUACCAGUUGUGUUGGUAAUUGUUUUGAAUAAUUGAUGUUUCUGUGACUGCUCCCUGUAUGAAAGCCGAGUGCAGUGUAAGAGUCAGAUGCCUGCAAUAAAUUAUAUUUUGAUUAAGUCACAAAAGGUAAUAAAGCAAUUUACUGCUGUCCUGUUAGA